UUUUUCCAAGGAGAUCUUCGAGAAACUUGGGGAGCGGAGUCCCUCAAAUGGGCCAUGGAGUGCACAUCACGACACCUUGCCUGCCGCUCACACCAAAUUUACCGUGCAUUGCGGCCCCGUGUUACGAGUGAUGCAUGUGUAUCACUCCUCCGCUGCCUUCACAGAUGUCUAGGAAAUCCAGUACCUGCAGUGUUGGGCUUCAUUAUGGAAAUUCUGUUGACAUUACAAGUAAUGGUGGAGAAUAUGGAGCCAGAAAAGGUGAUACUUUACCCCCAGCUGUUCUGGGGGUGUAUAGCCAUGAUGUAUACAGACUUUGUUCAUGUUUACUGCCAGGUUCUUGAGCUCUUCUCUCGUGUGAUUGAUCGUUUAUCCUUCUGGGACAGAACAACAGAAAAUGUGCUCCUCUCAAGCAUGCCCCGGGAUGACAUCGAUACCAGCAUCUAUGAUGGUACCAACUUUCAGCGGAUGGAAUCAAGGAAUGCCUGCGAGCCAUCACCAUCAAGUGGGAAGAUGCCAGCCUUUGAAGGAGUGCAGCCUCUUGUUCUAAAAGGACUCAUGUCAGUCGUAAGUCAUGGUGUAUCUAUUGAGGUCCUCUCGCGAAUCACUAUUCAUUCUUGUGAUUCAAUCUUUGGGGAUGCAGAAACACGACUCUUAAUGCACAUCACAGGCUUGCUUCCCUGGCUCUGCUUACAGCUAAGCCAGGAAGCAGUGGUGGGCCCUGCUUCACCCCUCCAAGAGCAGUACCAAAAGGCUUGCUCUGUUGCAGCCAAUAUUGCAAUUUGGUGUCGAGCAAAGUCAUUGGAUGAACUAGCCAUUGUGUUCAUGUCUUACUCCCGUGGUGAGAUCAAAAGUGUAGAAAAUCUACUUGCCUGUGUAUCGCCACUAUUGUGCAGUCAGUGGUUCCCAAAGAACUCAGCUUUGGCGUUUGGGCACCUACUGCGACUUCUUGAGAAAGGGCCAGUUGGAUAUCAGCGGGUGAUACUUCUCAUGCUUAAGGCAUUACUCCAGCAUACUCCCAUGGAUGCUGCUCAGAGCCCCCAUAUGUAUGCAAUUGUAUCCCAGCUGGUGGAAAGCACCUUGUGUUGGGAGGCUCUUAGCGUGUUGGAAGCCCUCUUACAGAGUUGUAGCUCUAUGCCCGGUUCCCAUUCACAUGAUCAUGGGGCUUUUGAUAAUGGACUUGGGACAGAUGAGAAGAUUCUUGCUCCUCAGACCUCAUUCAAGGCUCGGAGUGGGCCAUUACAGUAUGCAAUGGGACUAGGUUUUGGGACAGAUUCCACACCAGCUGCACAAGGUGGUGCAACUGAAUCAGGGAUAUCACCUAGAGAUUUGGCUUUGCAAAAUACCCGUCUGAUUCUUGGUCGGGUGCUUGACAGCUGUGCGCUUGGGAGGAGGAGAGAUUACAGAAGGCUGGUGCCUUUCGUGACGAGCAUUGGAAACCCAUAAUCUGCAGAUUCUUGUUUGCUCAACAAGAAUCUGGAUGGUUUGAGGAACUGGUUUUGUAAAUAGGUUUUCAAAUAGUGGUGGUAGCAUGUAAUAUAUUGAUGUGCAGUUCUAGUAUUUAGAGCAUGCCUUGCUUUCUCCCUGCAUCAGCAGUCUAUAUUUUGUAGCUCUUUUUUUCUUUUUGGUAGAUUCAUUGUUAUACUUCACUCAGCAUCACUCAUAUAUUGUUAAGCUUGGUUACCGAUUAAAUCAUAAUUUUUUUCCAGCAGCUUGAUGUGACAUAUCCUCCUAAAGUUGUGCUUAGAAUGUCCAAUAUGGAAA